AUGAUAAUGUAUCUCCGCCUCGUCGCUUUGUUUUUGUUCACUUCCUACGCAACAGCUAAUGUUGCGUCUAUAAUAACGAAAUGUACGGAUGAGGACACAAAAUGUCUGAAAGAUUUUACUCAAAAAUUGAUACCAUUAUUUGCCGAGGGGGAUCCAUCUAUGAAAAUAGAUCCAAUCGAUCCAAUUUUUGUUAAAUCAAUAAAUGCGAGUUCUCCUAAUCUUAAACUUGUUUUGAACGAUAUAUCAUUAACAGGUCUUAAGGGUUGUGUUGUUAAAAAAGCCAAACGUGAUUUACAGAAGAAUAAAAUCUUGUUUAAACUCAUGUGUUCUGUAAAUUUGGAGGGCCAGUAUGUUAUGGACGGUCGCCUUUUAAUUCUUCCGAUUAAUGGCAAUGGAAGAAAUCAUGUUUCUUUAGGUAAAGCCGCUGAAGAAGUAAUAAAAGACAAUGGCAACGAAAUAAUCCAAGAAGUUGGAGAACCUAUCAUUGAAUACAUUAUUGGCAAAGUCGUUGACUGCAUGAGACAAUUCUAUGCAGCAGUACCUGCCGAGGAAUUAAUCCAAAAUUAA